AUGGCUUUUUCCAAGCUGCUCAAAGAGUUUUUCUAUUCGCUAAGUGCUACCGACAAGUACUCAGACUUUGACUCCCGCAAAUCUUUCAAUCGUGUUAACAAACCCACUGCCCAGACAAGUUUGCUCUAUUCCCACCAAAACAACAGCUCAAGCGUGUCUCUCACAUCGCCCAGCACCGACUCGUCUGAAGGAGUUCACGAAACACGUCUUGCAUGGCGUCACAUCAAGAAGUGGCUCCAUAAACACUCCCAAGAUCUCAAUUCCACCUUGCUGUCUCCGUGUACAGAGUCCGAUUUGAGUGAAUUCCAGAAAGAUUUAAACAUUCGCUUGCCAAAAUGCGUGCAAGAGUUCUUUACCAUGACAGAUGGCCAGUCUACGUUCAACGAGAACGGAUCUGGGGGCUUGAUAUAUGGCUUGCGUUUGAUGUCCAUCAAUGAGAUUGCCGUCAUGACAGAAAGCUGGAGAAAAGUCCACAAGGCCAUUUUGGAGCAACAGAAUGUUCCAGUCCUGGAGCCUCAGCUGCCAGUUGUUGAAGAAACCUCCGAUUUAGGCGAGCCCUCCAAGUUAAAACAACCCAAGGUGAAGAACGAAAGAGCAAACCCAUUUCCACGCCAGUACUGUGUUCCUCCAGGGUCGAUUUUGCCUAUCUAUGCUCAUUCAAUGUGGAUUCCGAUCAUCACAGACGGCGUAGGAAACUGCAUAGCCGUCGACUUAUCACUUUCGGUGAACGAAGCAAGUAUCGCCUCUUUGUCUGGCACUCCACGGACUAGCGAAGCUGAGGUUGAUGCUGAACAUUCCAGUGAAACAGCCAAUAUUUCUGUGGAUGUGAUUCCAGGAGAGUCUAUAACCGACAAAAAAAUUUUGAAACAAGAGAAAACAGAUCAAACUUGGGGCCAGGUGAUUAUAUUUGGGAGAGACUUCGACACUAAGUUCAAGAUCGCAGAUAACUUCGGAGAUUUCCUUCUAAUUUUUGCCAACGAUCUCGAAAAGGGUAACUGGGAGUUAACGAGUUCGAGUGACAAUGAGGACUUGAUGUGCGGCUCGGACACAGAGUUGAUCUACGUUGACCACGAAACAAAGAGAGAAAUGCCAUACUUGGAUGUAUUAAAACGUCGUGUCACUGAUCAGUGGCUAAAUUCACUCAGUGAAGAACAAAAGGCAUUAAGGGACAAUAAGAAGCUUAUAGACCUCUUGUACAAAGGAAUGUCGAUUCAAGUUCCAGAGCUCUCUGAAACGACAACGGAUAAUUUGAUUAACGAGAACUUGUGCAAGAUUGAUGUCAUCAACACACCCAUAAAAUCUGGCGAUGGAGUAGGUGCUGCUGGCGGUCCUAGUCACUCUAACGACUUUGGAGGCGACCUGGACGACGACAUGACUUAA